AUGAGUGAAAGCAGAAAUGAGGGUUCCAGCCAGGCUGCCAAGGCCGAUAGCAAUACCCAAACUCCGAGUAACUGGAAAGGUGCCCACCCCAAACUCAGGGAUCAGCUGAAGAAGAAGAAGAAGUCCUCCAAAAAGGUUUUCAAAAUACUGCAGGAGAAGAUGUUGAAGUUGCAGCAUGUCGUCACAGACCAGUUCUUGCAGUGGACAAACCAGCAGAUGCAGUGCCUCUCACUAGGAGAUCAGCAAUGCACAAGAGCCUCCAGGAAUCAGGAAAAGAAGAUGGGCCACUUACUGUCUCAGAUUGUCAACCUUGUAUGGUCUAACACUGUAAGGAAACUGAAGUUCCAAGUACCUCUCCCUUGCUCGGACUCUAGAUGUGCCAUCAAAGCUGGGCACCAGGCCCUGUCAUCUUGGCAGACUGGCCAACCCAGGCCUAGGCUGGGUGAUCUUGAGGCUGCCUUUGCCAGCUGCACCCUAUCCAAGCGUGGGACUGACAUCUAUGAGUUUUACCAUUUAAGCUUCCAGAGCUAUGACGCCUAUCAGACAGACAAAUACCACAAGGAUGAGAACCCUUUGGGCUACAUCAACCUUAGUACCAUCGAGAACAAGCUUUGCCUUGACCUGGUUACAGCAAGGUUGACUCAGAGUGACAUGAACUGUCUUGAUGAAGCCCAGCUGCAAUACUCUGACUGGAAAGGACAACCCUUCCUUCGGGAAGAGCUGGCUAGCUUCUUGACCCACUACUGCAAGGCACCUACACCUCUUGAUCCAGAAAAUGUGGUGGUUCUGAAUAACUGUUCCUCAAUCUUUUCUUCACUGGCCAUGGUUCUGUGUGACCCAGGUGAUGCCCUUCUGAUCCCCACACCGUGCUACAGCAGCUUCCCCUUCAGCUCCUACUUCUAUUCGAAAGUUGAGCUUGUUCCUGUCUACUUGGAGAGCCAGGUCACCGGGACCGACUCGUAUUCUUUCCAACUCACUGUGGAUAAGCUCAAGCUUGCCCUCACUCAAGCUAAGAAGGAGGCAAAAAAUGUCAAAGGCAUUGUGCUCAUCAACCCCCAGAAUCCUCUGAGUGGUGUCUACACUCAAUUGUCACUGCAAAAGUACCUGGUCUUCGCCAAGAAGCACAAGCUGCACGUGAUCGUGGACGAGAAUUACAUGCUGUCCGUGUUUGAGCCAUCUGCCACAUUUCAGAGCGUUCUGAGUAUAAAAGACUUGCCUGAUCCUAACAUGAUCCAUAUUAUCUGGGACACUAGUAAGGAUUUUGGCAUAUCUGGCUUCCGCCUUGGUGUUCUCUAUACACACAACAAGGAGGUAGCGUCUGCCAUGAAAGUUUUUGGCUACUACCAUGGUGUCUCUGACAUUGCUCAGUACAAGCUGUGGCGACUGCUCCAGGACAAAGAGUGGAUCAAUAAGGUGUACCUGCCUAAAAACCAUAGCCGGCUCCGGAAGGCUUAUAGCUAUGUCAUGAAGAUACUGGAGGACUUGAAGAUCCCUUUUUGCAACUGUGGCUCUGGCCUCUUUGUCUGGAUCAACUUGAAAGCUUAUCUGAGUCCGUGCACGUUUGAACAAGAGCAGAUUCUUUACCAGCGCUUCCAGGACAACAAGCUGUUGAUAUCUAGUGGCCAGUCCUACAAGUGUAUAGAGCCUGGCUGGUUCUGCCUUGUCUUCGCAGAAAAUCACCUUCAACUACAAGUGGGCAUGGAUCGGUUCUGCCAUGUGCUCGCUGAACACAAACAAGGCAUAACGGAAGAGCAGGAGCAGACAACUGGGACCUAG